GGAAAUCGAGCUGCGUAUUUGAUCCCAGCGAGGCGGAUGAAAUGGAUGCACUCGGUCCUGAAUUCGAGGUGAUGGACAUCAUUGCAACGGAGAAAAGCGCAGAUGUCUGGACGGGAUGAAGGUUUCCUUGGCGAGUCAGCCGUUGUCCGUCGCUCAAUGGCUGGACAGUCAAUAUGCCGCGCCCAUCGUUGCGCACCUCUCGCGUCUCGAUGGCGGCGUUCGGCUUGCAUGUGAGGAACGCCAUCUCCCAGGUCUGAUCUGUGGCAACGAGGGAGGAGGAUGGGAUGUUGGUGUAAUUAAGCCACACGUAGCUUUCCGUGCUCAG